AUAUGCCAAGUUGCUGUAUUCCUGAAUGCUCUAAUUACACCAGCAAAAAAGUAAAAAUGCAUAUGGCUUCCUUUCCAAAAGAUCCGGAAAGAAAAGAAUUAUGGAUUUUUAGCAUAAACAAAAUAAUUGGAAAUAAAAAAAAUAAUUGGAAACCAACCAAAUAUUCAAGAAUAUGUGAAAUACAUUUUGCAAAUGAAAUGUGGGAGAAGGUACGAAUUGACGGAACGAAGAGACUGAAAUGCAACGCUGUGCCCACAAUUUUCUCGACUCAGUCAGUACAAAGUAGCACAUGUAUUACUACAAACGAUGAAAUUACUGAAUUUUCGGGAAGACAGCUUGAUGCAACAUUUAAAACAUUGGAUGAAACAGAUGAAACAUUGGAUGAAACAUUGGAUGAAACAUCAGUUUAUGACAACGGUAGCGAGAAACAAAAUGACUAUUCUAUACCAGAUGUUUCUGAUGUUACUCCGUUAAUAUCGAAUUCGUCUACUUACAGUCAUUCCAAAGAAAUAUGCAACAAAGAAGUUUCUGAAAUUAAAUUGCUGAUGAAGCAAUUGGAAGAAGCCAAGACAAAACUUGAUAAUACCAGCACAAAACUUGAUAAUGCCAACACAAAACUUAAUAAUGCCAACAAAAAACUUAAUAAUGCCAACAAAAAACUUAAUAUUGCCAACAAAAUUAUUUUCAAAAGUAACCGAUGCAACACUCAAUUAAAACAGCGUAUUAAGAAAUUGGCUCGAAUCCAAAAUUCGAAUUUGGAAUCUAAUUCAAAUUUGGAAUCGUCGAUAAAGCGAUUAUUAAAUGAUGAUCAAAUUAAAGUUCUCACGGGGAAAUCCUCACGCGGUUGUUCAUGGUCUAAUGAUACAAUAAAAAAAGCACUUAAACUUAAGUUUUCCUGCGGUAGCAAUGGCUAUCAAGAGUUGCUGAAGCAAAACAUGCCUUUACCGAGCGAAUGUACACUUCGGAGAAAAGUAGCAAAUAUUCAAUUCGAGGAAGGAAUAAGUGACUCUAUUUUUGAAUUGUUAAAACAAAAAAUAUCUAUGUUUAAGGACGUUAGAGAAACAGAUUGCUCACUUGUAUUAGAUGAAAUGGCAAUUGCAUCAGGUGAACAGUUUGACCCAUCAACACAGUCGAAAUGUGGGAAUGCAUCAUUUUGUACACGCGAUGGUAUGUCUUUUUAAGAAUUUGAUGCUAUAUGAAUCAGUAGGUGCAUCCAGAAAAAUUAUGAAUUUUUUUCUUUUGCAUAAUUUACGGUCAAUUUUUUUCUUUUUUCUAUUUGCAUUAACAUUACAAGCAACGGAAAAUGUAACGAAUCUUU